UUGGCAUGACACGAAACCACUAUUGGCACGUGCCCGUGCCAGUGAGAUACUAGUACACGAAGCCGCAGCCACGAGCCGCACAGCGGACAGCGCCGGCAACGUAGCGGUCUCUCUCGUUCUCAUCGGAGGUGAAAUCCAAUGGAGGGGAGCGGCGGCGGAGGCGGCGAUCACUUCAUCCUCGUCCACGGCCUCGGCCACGGCGCGUGGUGCUGGUACAAGCUGGUGCCGAUGCUGCGCGCCGCGGGGCACCGCGUCACCGCGCUGGACAUGGCGGCGUCGGGCGCGCACCCGGCGCGCAUGGACGAGGUGCCGUCCUUCGAGGAGUACUCGCGGCCGCUGCUCGACGCCGUGGCUGCGGCGCCCGUCGGCGAGAGGCUGGUCCUGGUCGGGCACAGCCUCGGCGGGCUCAACAUCGCGCUCGCCAUGGAGAGGCUCCCGCGCAAGGUCGCCGCGGCCGUGUUCCUCGACGCGUGCAUGCCGUGCGUCGGCCGGCACAUGGGCGUCACCAUGGAGGAGUUCUCCAGAAGAACCACGCCGGAUUUUUUCAUGGACAGCGAGAGGAUGGUUCUGGAGACGAGUGAGGGACCUCGACCUGCACUCGUGUUCGGCCCCAAAUUAUUGGCAGCAAAACUGUACGAUCGAAGCUCAGCUGAGGACCUGACACUGGCUACGAUGCUGGUGAGGCCCGGCCGCCAGUUCGUGGACGACCCGAUGGUGAAGGACGAGACGCUGCUCACCGACGCCAACUACGGGUCGGUGAAGAAGGUGUACGUGGUGGCCAUGGAGGACGCUGUCUUCUCCGAGGAGAUGCAGCGCUGGAUGGUCGACCUGAGCCCCGGCACGGAGACCGAGGAGAUCGCCGGAGCUGAUCACAUGGCCAUGUUCUCCAAGCCCAGGGAGCUCUGCGAUGUUCUGCUCAGGAUCGCCAGCAAGCAUGCCUGAGAAUCAACGAGUACUCAAGAAUCAACUGACGGGCACAUAAUCAAUCAAUAAUCGUGACAGACAAUUCGUGUGUUGUGGUAGUGUGCAACUGUAUAUCCAGCCUUGAGGCUUGCGUGUGUCUGACCGAAUUUCAAGGGAAAAGUUCAGGCUACAACCUGUUCCGCAACUCCGCCGGCGAGUCCGGUCCGAGGUUGCGGAGCGAGGGCGAGCGUCGUAGACGAAGUAGUCGAAAACACGCGAAAGUAAAUGACACAGAGAGAUGGAGGAGACCAGCUUUUUUUAAUCAA